CAUCAUUAGGUCCCAAUUUCUCCUAAACUGGCCUCAAACUCUUCUUCUGAUCGUCUUUCGGUCACAAUCUCUCCUAUCUUAUCCUUUGGGAGCUUGUUCAAAUUUGGUUCAUGUUAGCUAUGCCCACCUCAUCACACUCAUUUAAUUCAGUUUGCAGGAUGCUAGAAUAGGGAGCACCUGUUCUUAUUAGAUUAUUUGUGACUAUUCUGUUGCAAUGUGAGUUUGAUAAGAAAUCAAUGAUAUUAUGCGGCAUGGGUUGCAUAUGCAAUUCUAAUGGUGGACUAUUACAGUCGUUGAUUCCGCCUCAAAUAACUUCACACAAACAGAGCAACCUACAAGUAAACAGGUGCGGCAGCAUUAAUUGGGUAUAUGCAAAUCCAUGUUAUAAAUUAAGUACACAGAGGCCUUCAUAUUCCUAUUCAGGAUUGGGAAUUAGAAGAAUGGUUUCUACAAGACGAAGUAGAACAAUAACAGCUGAUGGAGGAAAAAAUAUGGCUGUUGUCGUGAGUGCUAUUAGUGUUCCUGUCUUGCUAGUGCUGAUAACAGUCAUAGUUUCCAUCAUAAUCUCCGAGAAACUCGACCGAGAGUUUGAGGAGGAGACUGCUAGAAGGCAUUCAUGGAUGAAGAGACGUGGAAUAGAAGAAGAUGGUUUGGAUGGCACUAAAGAAGAAGCAGAACGUAUUCUUUCACCUGCACGCAACCGUCCCAGGCGUGAAGAGUAAUCUUUUAGUCAGGCAUAUGUCAUUGAAUCAAAAAACACCAUCAUAAUUGUUCUAUUGGCUGCAGGAAACUAACCUGUACAAAUAAUUUAUAUUAGUUAAUAAAUUAUCAGCUGAUAGAUUAGAUUUAGUUCUUGUGACCAUAUUGAGCAGGAGCAAUCAUGUCAAGUGACAUUUUCUUUACAGCUAUAGCGGUGUGCAAACUAAUGCUUUUUUGGCUAAAGAUAUCUUCUUGAAUUAUUGUGGAAGAGCUUGUUAUCUUAAUAAACACUUACCAUCAAUUUGAGAUUUA